UGGCUUUCGUUUCCCACCUCGUCUAUAGUACGUGUCCAUAUAUAAACACAAGUCAGAGUCAGCUGAGCUCAGUGGCGAAACACACAGCAGCUCAACAUGUUGCUUUCCAAUCUGGUGAGGAUGCUCCUAAACCUGUGCAUUAUUAAUGCGCGCUCAAUUGUUUCGGAGGUGAGAAGACGGGUGUUUUCUUUUUGGAUGAGAGAGAACAAGGCUCAGGUGAGCAUCCAGCCCAAACGCACAAAUCUCAGCAGCACGACUCCAGAUGAAGUUCCAAUACCGAGGAGUGUGAAUUACCAUUUUACACGCCAGUGUAAUUAUAAAUGCGGCUUCUGCUUUCACACCGCAAAGACGUCCUUCGUCUUGCCUAUUGAGGAGGCAAAGAGAGGGCUAAAACUUCUGAAAGAAGCAGGUAUGGAGAAAAUCAACUUCUCGGGUGGAGAACCUUUUUUGCAUCACAAGGGUGUGUUUCUUGGAGAAAUGGUGCAAUACUGCAAACAAGAGCUUCAGUUACCAAGUGUCAGUAUUGUCAGCAAUGGAAGCAUGAUCAGGGAAACCUGGUUCCAGAAAUAUGGAGAGUAUUUGGACAUUCUAGCAAUCUCCUGUGACAGCUUUGAUGAGGAAACCAACCAAACAAUCGGUCGAGCCCAGGGCAGAAAAAGCCACAUAGACAACCUGUGCAAAGUGAGGAACUGGUGCAGACAGUACAGAGUGGCUUUCAAAAUCAACUCCGUCAUUAACACCUACAAUGUUCAUGAAGACAUGACUGAGCACAUCUCUGAACUUAAUCCUGUGCGGUGGAAGGUGUUUCAGUGCCUCCUGAUUGAGGGUGAGAACUCAGGCGAGAACAGCCUUCGAGAGGCAGAGAAAUUUCUUAUCACUGAUCAGGAGUUCCAGGGUUUUCUAGACCGCCACCAAAGCAUAAAAUGUCUGGUCCCAGAGUCCAAUCAAAAGAUGAAAGACUCCUACUUGAUUUUGGAUGAAUAUAUGCGUUUCCUCGAUUGUCGAGCAGGCAGGAAGGACCCAUCAAAGUCCAUUCUGGAUGUUGGGGUAGAGGAAGCUGUAAAGUACAGUGGGUUUGAUGAGAGGAUGUUUCUUAAAAGAGGGGGCAAAUAUGUGUGGAGCAAAGAAGAUAUGAAGCUUGAGUGGUAAUAUCCCACAGUGGCAAUCAUAUAGUUUUAGAUGUAUAUAAAUGUAUGUAAUAGAUGUAUGUAAUAAACAUAGAAUUUACUGAACUUUUAUAUAAAUUUUGAAGUUUGCUACCAUUCGCUUAAAGAAAGUAAUUUUAUUAUAAUUUAUUUGUUUUGAGCAUAUUAUUAUUAUUAUUACUAUUAAUUUUUAUAAUUAAUUUUAUAAUGAUUUUUUAAAAUGUUAACUUAUCAAUAACUUUCACAUAAUUCCUUUUUUUUACUCCUUUUUUCCUUUUUUAUGUUUAAAGCUAUUAGUACAUUAGUUCAGCAUUUGAUUUAUCCUGUUGUACGCACUUUUAACAAAAUGUUAAUAUAUUGUGUUUUGUAAAAUAAAAAAAAAGAGAAGCAGAAGAUCUAUAUUUGUAACACAAUGCUCCAUCAGAUUUCAUUUCAAAAUCCAAAUAAUAAUAAAUUUUAAAAAAAUA